CAGUGAGUGUGGAUGGAAAUAGCAAGUAGAGGGAUUGUAAUUCCUUGAGAGAGAGAGAGAGAGAGAGAGAGAGAGAGGGUUCAGUUCCCCAAAAAAGGUCCCAAUCAAAAUUCCUCAGAGCAAAAGAAAGAAAGAAUUUUUUGCCAAUUUUAGUAGCAACAACACGAAAGGAUCGUCAGAAACAGGAGAAAAAGCCACAUUGUUUUGGGGCUCUCCACCUGCAACGCGUCCUCAUGACUUCUUCUGUUCACGAUCAUUCCGAUAGUAGUGAAUCUGAUGAUCAGCAAAAGCAUUCAGAGUCUCCGAUGAUUUCUUCCUCACCUGCACCUGGAAUGUCUAAUCCUGGAAUUCCAGGCCCUAUUCAGUAUGUAGCCCCUCCACAGAUUGGAGCAGGACAUGCAGUGGCGCCAGGAGCCUACCCAUAUCCGGACCCUUACUACAGAAGCAUCUUUGCUCCUUAUGACACACAACCAUAUCCUCCACAACCCUAUGGGGGGCAACCAACGGUCCAUCUUCAGUUAAUGGGAAUUCAGCAAGCAGGAGUUCCAUUGCCAACAGAUGCAGUUGAGGAACCUGUGUUUGUAAAUGCAAAACAAUAUCAUGGCAUCUUGCGACGUCGGCAGUCUCGUGCUAAAGCAGAAUCUGAAAACAAAGCUCUAAAAUCUCGGAAGCCUUACUUGCAUGAAUCUCGACACCUGCAUGCACUGAGAAGAGCUAGAGGAUGUGGGGGUCGGUUUCUAAAUGCAAAGAAAGAUGAGAAUGAACAGAGUGAAGGAGACAAUUCACAGGCAAUUAUCAACUUGAACUCUGAUAAAAGCGAGCGUUCUUCCUCGGAUAGAACAUCCUAAUACUUUGGAAGAAGUUGCAACUCAUUCAAGGGGCCACAUGAAGUAUUUAUUCUCCGGCAACCACACGGAAAUUGAGGGUCCAAUACUUUAGUCCCAGUAGUGCUUCAUUUUGGCUCUACAGUUAAAGCUCGUUUAGCAUGUAUAGGUUCUUGAGUAGUGGUCUUGUAGGGAUGUUGCAAUAGACAAAUCAGGUAGUCUCAUAGCCAUCUCUACAGCGGGUUCUUUUUAACCCAAAGAGAGUGAUGGUUUCGUUCGCUGUGAGGUAUCCUUGCACUUAAACCUGUUGUAAGGUUAAGUACUUAUCUGACAGAAAUUAGAGUCCCAGUUGUUUGGUUUGUUAUUGUUUAAGUAGAUUGCAAAAAUUUAGGUUGGGUGUUUUUUUUUUUUUUUGACAAGAGGUCGGGUGCUGUUAUAUGUUAGUAGUUUUGCUGGAUUGUUAUGAACUGAAGAAUAAGUUGAAUGGUUGAUGAAAUUGGUGUUGAUUGGACUUCA